AACAACUUUGAACAAAAGGACAAGCAAUGAUUACAAUAUAUAUGAUCUCGGUGCUCUGCUCUCGUAUCUUCAACCUGUACUCCUUCGACUGUGUCGAUCUCUUUUGUCGCGAGCGACAUUUUUUCUUUUAUUUUUUUCACCGUCACUCACUUUCAGCUCGAGCAAUUCACUCGACAGUGUUUUAAUAUCACUCAUUUUUCGGAGGGCUUCAGAUUUAUCUAAACAUGUUAUUCGUUAAGGUCUUUUCGACCGUCGUACUGGCAGGCUCAGUUGCGGCCGUCCCCUUUCGCGUUCUACGCCCUCAGAGCAAGCGAGACGUUGACCCUACGCUAGUCCCGUCUUUCGGCUGGCCAUCCGGUGUCAAUCCAGAUGGCACGGGAAAUUGUGAUGGUGCUGUGAACGGUACUAAUGGGAAGCCUAUCGAGGUACCUUGCCAAUGCCCGCCAAAUUCAACGCUCUUAAUAGGAAACGUUGCAGCGGGUUUUGUGACAACAAAUCCCACCGUGAAGCUCUCUUUCCCAACGGACAACAGCACUGCGUCUCAGAACGCUCGUUUAAAUGCAGCAGCAGUUACUCUGCAAAACCUCGAAGGUCCCGGCAUCGGUUGCCCCAUUUCUUCUACCACUUUUUCUGCGCAGCAGAAAGCGAUCAAUGCAGAGACGUCUACCUCCGGGUCUUCAAGUCCUACACCAGUAACCUCUACGGCUGUGUCCACAACCCCUGUGUCUCCAAGUGCUAUUCCCACAAUGUCUACAAUCACGUCAACCACAUCCAUGGAUUGCAGCAUUCCAACGAGCACCGCUUCAACCAACAGUUCCGUAACGCCUACAGAUGAACAGAUUGCUACUCUUGCUCCGCCGCUUGGGUGGCAAUCGGGAAUCAACCCAGAUGGCACUGGCAAUUGCGAUGGUGCAGUCAAUGGUACAAACGGAAAACCAAUACUCAUCCCAUGCCAAUGUCCCCCCGAUCAGACGCAUUACAUUGCGAACCUGACAGCGAAUAUUCGCGCGGGCCACGUCAUCCUGAACCCAACAGUGCUCCUCACGUUCCCAACCGAUAACAGUACGGCCUCGCAAAAUGCGCGUCUGAACGCUGCUGCUGUUACGAUACAGAACUUGAAUGGUGCUGGGAAGGGCUGUCCGAUUGUGGCCACCACGUUCAAUGCACAACAGAAGGCGAUUAAUGCCGAAAGUACUUCUUGAGAAAUAUUAACGUCCUAAAUGCCCCGCGGUUCCGGAAACCGAUGUAUUGUUUUUUUGUAUCGAUAUUUAUCUUGUAGCAAAUAGCACGUCUUCGUCAGGCUCCUGCCUUGAGUGCGAGGGAGCGACUGGUCGUGAGCCUAAAAGAACAUAAGUUUGUUCUCUUUUAUUUCCAUCAUUAGAAACCCGCAAGGGUCUGCAACCGCUGUCCUGGUUGUAGACCACACAGUUGAGAGGUAUACUCAAUUGAAUCUGCAGAGAACAGAU